AUGGGCUUCAAUCCAGACUCCAAAGAAUUGGGACCGAGUGAGCCACGAGCGCUCCAACCUACCGUCUCCAGUCAAUCGAAAGCAGCAGAAGCAGGGCAUAACCAGAACCGAAGCAUCAUGGCAACUAUCGCGGACGACGACGACCGCCUACUUGUGCGCAUUGGAUACACUCCUGUUCUACAAAGACAUUUCUCGAGAUGGUCUACAGUUUCAUAUGCCAUUUCGAUUCUAGGAGUACUGGGCUCAGUGCCCGCUACCUUUGGUGCACCAAUGAGCUCAGGUGGCCCAGCAACAGCAGUAUGGGCUUGGUUCAUUGGCAGCAUCAUGGCAUACUGUAUAGCAAGUUCAGUUGCCGAACUGGUCUCAGCAUAUCCGACAGCGGGAGGCAUGUACUAUGUCACAAAACACGUUGUACCACCUGAACACGUUGCAGCCUGGGCGUGGAUCAUCGGUUGGUGCAACUUCCUUGGACAAGCCGCCGGCGUUGCAAGUCUGGCGUAUACAAUCUCCCAGAUGAUAUUGGCGACGGUUGUCAUGCACACGCUAGACAAUGGAGAGUCUGCUUUUACGCCGCAAGCAUAUCAGACCGUCCUUCUCGCUAUUUUCGUGUUGUGCAUGUUUGGCACAAUCUGCUCGUUUCCCACGAAUUGGCUUCACCGCAUUAUCUUGUGGUUCGCCCCUAUCAACAUCAUCGCAUCAAUCUGCAUCUGCAUCGCUCUUCUCAUUCUCACACCGAACAAGCAAAGCCCACAAUGGGUGUUCACAACAGUCAUGGACGGCUCAGGCUGGGGAAGCAAGGGUUUUUCAUUCCUCCUUGGCUUCCUUUCCGUUGCAUGGACGAUGACUGACUACGACGGCACGACACACAUGUCGGAAGAGACCCACGAUGCCGCUAUUCGCGGCCCUGUAGCGAUCCGCGCUGCGAUCCUCGUCUCCGGCGUCGUCGGUUGGAUGCUAACCGUCACCUUCUGCUUCUGCAUGUCAGACUACGAUGCGAUUAUGGCGACGCCGACCGGUCUGCCAGUGGCCCAGAUCUUCUUCAACGCCGGCGGCAAAACAGGUGGAACUAUCAUGUGGUUCUUCGUCAUGUUGGUCCAGUUCUUCACCGGCUGCUCCGCCAUGUUGGCAAAUGCUAGAAUGGCUUGGGCUUUCUCCCGCGACGCAGCCUUCCCAUUCUCGGGUUUCUGGAGCAAGAUCAAUUCCUACACGCACACUCCGGUCAAUGCGGUAUGGCUUGUUGUGCUUUUCUGCAGCUGCCUCGACCUAAUCGGCAUCGGAAGCACCCUUACCAUUACGGCUAUCUUCAACAUCACCGCCCCGGCCUUGGACAUCAGUUACAUCGCAGUCAUCAUUGCACACCGAUGGUACGAGAACACUGUCACUUUCCACCCUGGACCAUACACAAUGGGCAGAUGGAGCAAGCCUGUCAAUGCGAUUGCAGUGACAUGGGUCAUCUUCAUCAGUGUUGUGUUGUUCUUCCCGACGGUCAAGCCUGUCAGAGCCGACAACAUGAACUACGCUAUCUGUGUGGCAGCCUUCAUUGGCCUAUUUAGCACCAUCUGGUGGUAUGCGGGUGCAAGGAAGAAAUACACCGGCCCGCGCACAAGCGACACCAUCGACAUGCUUCCACCGGAGGAUCCAGAGGACAUCCUCAGCGACUACGACAACAACGUUUAG